AUGAAGUACCAAAGAAGAAGCAGAAAUAUAAAUGUUCUUUUUGCAGGAGCCUCAAACACAGGAAAAACUCAGUUCAUUAAAACACUGGCAGGUGCUGAUGUAGUUUCAGAAGGAGAAGUCUCAGAGCAUCAGAUAUUCCUGAAUGGAAAUGGCAUAAAAAUAAUAGACACAAGAGGAUAUGGUACAGACAAAAAUACAGAUGAAAAGAUUAAAGCAAUAGAAAUUCUUGUUAAAAAUAGUUAUAAGAGGUUUCUAAUGGAAGAAACCAAAAUAAAAAGAGACCCUUUCAUGGAGGACCCAAGGAUUCAUCUGAUGGUACUAUUUGCAUCCCCAGCCAGCAAAGGCAUGAAGGACUACGAUAUUGUUUUGCUGCGUCUUAUGAAUAACAAAGUGAACACGCUCAUUGUAAUUCCAAAAUGCGACUAUUUCACACCAGAAGAACUUCAGCUGCAGAAACAAAAGAUAGCAGACCUGCUUAAACUGAAUAAAAUAGAUACAUUUGGUGUGGAGGAAGAUGAAGAUGCGAUUAUCUAUGGAGUAUUUGGUGCAGAAAAAAACGUAAUGAAUAAUACGUAUAAAGAAAGAGUACUUCCCCAUGGGACUGCAGAUAUCACAAAUGAGUCACACUCUGACUAUGCUUCAUUUGUUGAAAUCCUUAGCACUGCACGGGAAGAUCUUCUAGAUCUAACACACGUGCAUUUUUAUGAAAAUUACCGGAAAUCCAUGCUGAGUGAGCAGUAA